GGCUUCCGGCGCGCCCCCAACUUCGUGGCGCCGUCAGGCAGCGGCGGCGGGGAUGGAGCUGCCUUGCCUAGGGCGGGCGCCGCCGGACUCGCCGCUGGACAGCUGCUCCCUGACCUCGCUCGAGUCCAGCGUCUUCUGCAGCGAGGGCGAAGGGGAGCCCCUGGCGCUUGGGGACUGCUUCACGGUCAACGUGGGCGGCAGCCGCUUCGUGCUCUCGCAGCAGGCACUGUCCUGCUUCCCGCACACGCGCCUGGGCAAGCUGGCCGUGGUGGUGGCCUCGUGCCGCCGCCGCGGGGCCCUGGCCGCCGUCCCCAGUCCCCUGGAGCUCUGCGACGAUGCCAACCCCGUGGACAACGAGUACUUCUUCGACCGCAGCUCGCAGGCAUUCCGCUACGUCUUGCACUACUACCGCACGGGCCGCCUGCACGUCAUGGAGCAGCUGUGCGCGCUCUCCUUCCUUCAGGAGAUCCAGUACUGGGGCAUCGACGAGCUCAGCAUCGACUCCUGCUGCAGGGACAGAUACUUCAGAAGGAAGGAGCUGAGUGAAACAUUAGACUUUAAGAAGGACACCGAAGACCAGGAGAGUCAACACGAGAGUGAACAGGACUUCUCACAAGGACCUUGCCCCACUGUCCGCCAGAAGCUCUGGAACAUCCUGGAGAAACCUGGAUCUUCCACAGCUGCUCGAAUCUUUGGGGUCAUCUCCAUCAUCUUUGUGGUGGUGUCUAUCGUCAACAUGGCCCUGAUGUCAGCUGAAUUAAGCUGGCUGGACCUGCAGCUGCUGGAAGUCCUGGAGUAUGUGUGUAUUAGCUGGUUCACCGGCGAGUUUGUCCUGCGCUUCCUGUGCGUGCGGGACAGGUGCCGCUUCCUGCGAAAGGUGCCAAACAUCAUAGACCUCCUUGCCAUCCUGCCCUUCUACAUCACUCUUCUGGUAGAGAGCCUGAGUGGGAGCCAGACGACACAGGAGCUGGAAAAUGUGGGGCGCAUUGUGCAGGUUUUGAGGCUGCUCAGGGCUCUACGCAUGCUAAAGCUGGGCAGACAUUCCACAGGAUUACGCUCACUCGGGAUGACAAUCACCCAGUGUUAUGAAGAAGUCGGCCUACUGCUCCUCUUUCUGUCUGUGGGAAUUUCUAUAUUUUCAACUGUGGAAUAUUUUGCAGAGCAGAGUAUUCCUGACACAACCUUCACAAGUGUCCCUUGUGCAUGGUGGUGGGCCACAACAUCCAUGACUACCGUGGGAUACGGGGACAUUAGACCAGACACCACCACAGGCAAAAUUGUGGCCUUCAUGUGCAUAUUAUCAGGAAUCCUUGUCUUGGCCUUGCCUAUUGCUAUUAUUAACGACCGCUUCUCUGCUUGCUAUUUCACCUUAAAGCUCAAGGAAGCAGCUGUUAGACAGCGCGAAGCUCUGAAGAAGCUUACCAAGAAUAUAGCCACUGACUCAUAUAUCAGUGUGAACUUGAGAGAUGUCUAUGCCCGGAGUAUCAUGGAGAUGCUUCGGUUAAAAGGCAGAGAAAGGGCAAGUACUAGGAGCAGUGGAGGAGAUGAUUUCUGGUUUUGAAGUCACUUUCAACUUAUUUACAAAAGCUUGUGUACAACUAACUCAACUGAUAAAGCCUUGAUAUGGAUGUCUGUGUACUGUUGAAGAGUCUCUUUUGAGUAUACCACCUGUGUUAGUUUUUGCUGGUACUUUGCUUGGCCUGCUAGAAUAUUUCACAUCCCUCAAACCAAGUGCACAUUGUUUUGACACAGUUGAGCCUCAAAAAAUAGUCAUUCAACAUAACUCAAUUCAAGUAGGCCAAAUGUCUGAAUUGUCAGAUAUAAAAUAGUAGUGCAAUACAUCCAACAAAGUUAAAAGUUUUAUGCAUCAUUUUAAGGUUUUUUGCACCACUAAUAUAAAAGAAUGGGAGUUAAGCUACAUGACCCAGAGAAAAGGUAAGUGACUUUUUAAGAACAUACCAGACAUUCUUCAAGUAAAUAAAUCACUCCUUUCUCCAUCAGUUAAAGUUAUUAAAUACAACAAUUAGCUUUGCAAGUAGAAAUCCUGAUUUGAUGGCCAGAGAUGGUGUCUCUAUCUUCCCUCUGGUUCAAACCACUGGUCACAGAGGGACCAAGUUCUGAUUUUCAUCAUUACUAUUGGAGGUGGGAAUCCCCGAGCUGCCUAGCUGCCAACAGAACAGGGGCUUCAAGAACUGUACAUCCUCAUCGUCUCCACAGAGUGCAGUAGUCUAGUCUAAAGCAGGUGUCUCUUGUACCCCUUGAAAAUUAGGUGGUCUUUAAAAAUCUCUUUAUUGAUGUAGUGUUCAAAUUAUGUCUUUAAAAUCAUGAACGUGUAAAGGUGAAGUAGUGAACUUCCUAAAGAUAUACACUAAAAUUAUUAAAUAGUCUUAUUUCAUAAAAUGAGAAUGAUAUGUUGAAUGGUAUCACUGGAUGAACUUGAAGAUCUUUUAUUUGUUAACAAAAAUAUUAUGGACAGCUUUCUGACUUUGGGGGUAAAUAUCAAAUGUUCAAACUUUGCACGCAUUUGACAGCAUUUUGACAGUCAUUGGUAAUAAUGAUAAAGUUCCUAGACAUUCUGUGAUAUGAUUAAAGCCAAAAGUUCUAAACCUAAGAUUUAGUUUAUGAUUCCCAAUAUUCUAGUAAAUAAGUUUUUAAAAACUAA